AAAAAAAUUAAAAUGAAAAUGAGUAAUUAAAAAAAUAAUAAUAUACCUAUUCUGUAAAAGACAAGGUCCCAAAGACCCAGCUCACGUCCAGCUUUGUAGUACAUUCACACACCAUCUUCAACAUUUCUCCCUAUCAAUGGAGUUUUUUCAAAAGGCCAAAGCGGUUCGUUUACGGAGCCACCACGACAAGUACCUAAUCGCAAACGAAGACGAAGAAUCCGUAACUCAAGAACGUAACGGCUCAGCAGGAGCAGCCAAAUGGACCGUUGAGAUAGUCCCUGGCUCCACCAACCUUAUCCGUCUCAAAAGCGCUUACGGCAAAUACUUAACCGCCUCAAACAAACCGUUUCUUCUCGGAGCCACCGGAAAAAAAGUCCUACAGACUAAUCCUAGCCGUCUUGACUCGUCUUUAGCUUGGGAACCGAUCAGAGACUCUGCUCUUGUCAAGCUCAAGACUCGUUAUGGUCACUUCCUUCGUGGUAACGGUGGUUUACCUCCUUGGAGAAACUCUGUUACUCAUGAUAUUCCUCAUAGAUCGGCUACUCAAGAAUGGAUUCUUUGGCACGUUGAUGUCGUUGAGAUCCUCACUGAUACUUCCGAUCACCAUCAGCCUCCCUCUCCGCUUCAUCAUUCCGAUUCACUCGACUUCGCUCCUGGAUCUCCUUCCAGAUCUAACCGUUUCUUUAGACAAGAGUCAACGGAUUCAGUGAUGAUUGGAUCGCCGCCGAAGUCCGAAGGGAGAGUGAUAUACUUUCAUGUAGCGGAUGAUGAUGGUGAAGUUGAAGAUGAUUCAGUUGAGGUAAUGUCGUUUACUUUUAAAGGCAAUGGUGUUGAAGAGCUGACUACGAGAUUGAAAGAAGAGAGCAAUGUUGAAGAUGUUGUCGUGUGUACUCGUAGUCCGUUGAACGGGAAGCUUUUCCCUUUGCGUCUUCAGCUUCCACCUAACAAUGCAGACAUGACUGUCGUCUUAGUGCCAAAAUCAUCAAAAAUAGCAGAAGACUUCAUUAAGUAGAGAUCACUUUCUCUUUCAUCGUUUGAAGCUGAUCUGUGAUGUGAAAAAAAUAUGGCUGCAAAUUGUUUGUUGUUAGUUCAGCUAAGAUUGGAUUGACUUACCAAACUUAUGAUUUAUACAAAAUUGGUUGCAUUGAUCAAUGGUA